GAUGAGUGAUGCAGAGAAUUUGAAUGACUAAUUCGUUAUUGAAACUCUACAAAAUUUGUUGAUUGAAUACAAUGAACCUUAUGUAGAAAAAAGAGCUAGAAUUUGUGGUUAAAGUGAUGAUUACUAAUGUAUAGAAUUAAGAUAAUGAUUAGCUGAAUUUUUUGUUUCACUUGAAUAAAUAACAAAAAAUGAAUAAACCAUAAAAAAUUUAAUUGAAUUAUGCAUGUUUAUUUUAGAUAAAACAUAAUAAACUAAUUUUGAAAGGGAAGAGGAUUUGGCUUAACAUGAAGAAUAAAUCAAUCAAUUAUAAGAAAAAAUUAAUUUUGAAUCCAAAAAUUCAAAGGAGUAUUAAGUAAUAUAUAUUUAUAUUACUCAAAGAAAAUGUAUAAAGAAGAGGCUUAAAAAGUUUAAGAAUAACUCUCAGAAAUUUAGAAAUUAGAAUAGAGUGUAUAGGAUUUUGCUAAUGAAUUAGCAAUCUUAACUUAAAACUAAAAGCAUCGUUUAAGUGAAUAGAAAGUAAGGAUAUUUUAAUCUAAUUAGUUUAAAAAUGUAGACUAAAAUGAUAAUAAAAUUAUUGAAGACUUAAAGCAAUAAAUAUAAAAUUAAAAGUAAGAGAAUAUUAAGCAAAAAGAAAAAAUUGAUUAUUAUAAGAAUCAAUACUAGAAGUAAAUGACAGAAUAAGAAGAUGCCUUAAAUGAAUUAGCUGUUUUAAAAAUGGAAAAAAUGAAGAAUGAAUCAAAAGUUAAAGCUUUAGAAUAAGAAAUAUAUAAAUUAAACUAAAUUAUUGUGGAUUAUGAAUAGAAAUCUUAAAUUACUGACUUAAAGAUUAGUUCACUUAAUAAAUAAAUAUAUGAUUUGUAAAAUGCUUCUGGAUAUAAAUUUGAAAAUGAUAAUCAAGGAUCUAUGAUAUAAAGAAACUCUAUCUCAACAUCAACAUUCCAAUAAUAAAAUUAAUAGACUGCUUCAUUCAAUAAUAAUAAUUCAAUGAUUAGUAAUGCAAUCAAUAGCAAUCUUAAAUCUGAUUUACCUGAAUUAUCUUAUAGAUAACCUCAUCCAUCUUAAUUCAAUGAUAUUGAUGAGAUUAAAGAGGCACCUGAAAAUUUAGAGUAAUCAGCUAUGCAUUCAAAAAAAAAUACUGUUAUUCCUGCUGAAUUUGUUGUUUCCAAUCAAUAAUAAUAUGAUAUACAAAAGUUAGAAGAAAAACUUCAAAAAUUAGCAACUCCUAGAUAAUUAGUAACACCUAGAGGUUAACCCAAUAUAACUCCAAGGAAUGUUAUUUCAAAAGCAGUUUAAGAAUCUUAAGAACUAAGAGCUGGUAAAUUGCAGGAAAAAUUAAAAUAAAGUUAGAUUAAUUUAACAUCACCUAGAAUUUAAAUGCCAUAACCUUAAAUUCCUAAAAUUGAACUUCAAAAAUAAGAAGAUGCUUAAUUAAAAGUAUUAUAAUAGGAACCAUAACCAAUUACAAUAAGAAAUGAAAUAGAUAUCGGCUCUAUUGUAGAUGAUGAUUAUGAAACUUAUUUUUAUGAAUAAAAAGUGAAAGCUCCUUAAGUAAAAAAACAAUUUAAAUUACCUCUUUUAUCAAUAGGUGCAAAUGGGGGAAAUUAAUAGACCUAAGAAGGAUCUAAUUAAUAAGUUUCAUAAUCUUAAUAGUCUUAAUAAAAAUAAUAAACAUAAUUACCUUAAUAAUAAUAAUAAUAAUAAUAAUAAUAAUAAUAAUAAAAUUAGUAAGGUAUAUAAUAAUAAUAAAAUUAAACAAAGCAAAUUAGUGCUCCUCAUUAAAUGUACAAAGAAAUUUAUUAAGCAAAUGAAGCUUAUUUUUUAAAUAUUAAACAAGAUUAAAUUAAAAUUACAACUCAAAUUGAUAGAGGACUUAGACAAAGUAUGAUAUAAACAGGAAUAGGUGGAUAAAAAUAAAUAACUAAAAGAGAUCCAUACAGAGAAUUUUUUGAUUUAGUAACAUUAAGAAAUAUUUAUAGUUAUGCUAAUGUGUAAAAUUGAAUUCAGAUUAUUUUGAUGACAUUGUCUAUAUAGAUACUUCAAAUUACUAUUAAGAAUGUAAAGCAUCAGGAAAACCAUUUAAUGAAUGGGAAGAAUGGAUCAGAAAUAGAUUAGAAUCAUAGGUUGAUUUUUCAGAUUGAGC